AUGAUGCGACAAAUCCUGCAGGAUAUGUAUAUAGAGCCUGACCUGCUGGAUGAGCUCAAUGAGGAACAGAAACAUAUUCUCUUCUAUAAGAUUCGGGAGGAGCAGGUGAGACGCUGGAACGAAAGGGAAAGCAGGGACCCCAGACCUGCUGUGUGCAAGAGGAGUGACCGUAGAGGCAUUCAGUGGCGUUUGGAUUCAGAUGGAGAGGUGUGGGUGUGGGUGAUGGGGCAGGCCCCGGGAGACAAGCCCUUUGAGGACAUUGUGGAAGAGCUGAUGGAGGAGCGAGCCAGGAAGCAGGCGCAGCAAGAGGCGCAAGAACUCCGGCGUGUGAAGGAGGCAGAGAUUGAAAAGAAGUUCCGAGACGCCAUGGCGAAGGAAAAGGCUCGUUUCGUGGCAGAGAAAUGGAGGGUGGAGAUGGAUGACAGAAAGGCAGCCAAGCAGCAAGAAGAAGAAGACCGCAUUAGAGAGAAGCUCAAGGAAUGUGAGGAGGAAGAGAGAAAGAGAGGCGAAGAGGAAAUCCGCCAAACGGAGGAGCGGCGGGCAAAGGAACUUUACAUCUCUCUGAAGCAUGAGGAAAAGAGGAAUGAGCGAGAUGACAAAGAAUGGCAGGAACAAUUGCGACGCUCCAAGGUGGCGGAUGAAGAGAUGAAAUGUAAAGCCAGACAGGCUAGAGAUGAAUACAAUCGGCAAUCUUUGAGGGCCAUCGAGAAGGGGAUGGUGGCUGGGCUUAGUGGCCUAUUCCACAAAACGCAGCUGAACGGAUCGGGUCAUGGUCGACGCCACGGUGUGGUCAGUGAUCAUCCGGCACCCCUGACUGACCCAGUUUGGAUUCGUCCUCCAAGGCCAAACUGCCGUGAAUCUAUUAUCCGCUGGUUUAGAGAGGAGCAGUGGCCCAGACGAGCGGGUUAUGAGAGAAGCAGCAACAACAUGGCCCCCUGGUUUCAUGGUUAAAUAAUAUCACGGCAGGAGUCAGAAGCUUUGCUGAUGAAUGCGGCAGAGGGCUGUUUUCUGGUCAGAGUGAGCGAGAGAAUCUGGGGGUACACGCUGUCCUACCGCACCUCAACCGGAUUCAAGCAUUUCCUCAUUGACGCCUCCGGGGAUUAUUACAGCUUUCUAGGAGUCGACCAGAACCGGCACGCCACUUUAGCCGACCUCAUCAAUUUCCAUAAGGAGGAGGUGAUUACUACUACUGGAGGAGAACUACUUCAGGACUCCUGCAGGCUGAGAAGCUCCACAGCUGACCACAGAGGGCUUUUCCACUGA